CAUAAUGUUACAGAGGUAACUUUUACUGACACUUGCCAAUUGGGAGAGUUGGCAACUCCCCUCACCAAGGACACGCCCUGUCCGUCCUAACUCCCGCACUCAACUCUUCCACGCCUGCUGUCUAUCUCCAAAGGACGUGCAGCCACAGGGUACAUCAGUACUUGACCCGCAUUAGGAGAGAAUAUGGCGAUGCUAAAACUGGACGUGCACAACCAUAUCCUGCCUGAAUCUUGGCCUGACCUGAAGCAGCGGUAUGGUUACGGCGGCUUCAUCCAGCUGGACCACGCCUCCUGCAAGACGCCCGGCAAGGCCAACAUGAUGAAGGACGGCCAGCUGUUCAGAGUGGUGGAUGAGAAUUGCUGGAGUGCCGAGGCCAGACUGAAGGACAUGAACCAGACCGGGGUGACGGUGCAGGCGCUCUCCACCGUCCCCGUCAUGUUCAGCUACUGGGCCAAGCCGGAGGAUACACUCGACCUCAGCAGACUGCUGAAUGACGACCUAGCAGGCGUGGUCAGCCGCCACCCCCGCAGGUUCGUGGGUCUGGGCACCGUCCCCGCUCAGGCACCCGAGCUAUCUGUGGAGGAACUGAAGCGUCUCAAGGCUGACCUUCGUUUUCCUGGAAUCCAGAUAGGGUCCCACGUCAAUGACUGGAACCUGGACGCCAAAGAGCUGCACCCCGUGUGGAAGACAUGCGAAGACCUCGGUGUGGCGGUAUUCGUGCACCCGUGGGACAUGCAGAUGGGAGGCCGCAACAGCAAGUACUGGCUUCCCUGGCUGGUGGGGAUGCCCGCCGAGACAGCCACAGCCAUUUGCACCCUGCUGAUGGGCAACGUGCUGGAGCAGUUUCCCAGACUGAAGAUAUGCUUUGCCCACGGCGGAGGGUCCUUCCCAUAUACUGUGGGCCGCAUCCAGCACGGGUACAACGUGCGGCCCGACCUGUGUGCCACGGCCUGCAGCACCCCACCCCGCUCCUACCUCGGCAAGUUCUGGUGUGACAGCCUCGUGCACGAUCCAGACGCGCUCAAACUCUUGCUCAAGGUGAUGGGCGAGGACCGAGUGGUGCUGGGUUCAGACUACCCCUUCCCCUUAGGAGAGCACCUCCCAGGCAGCCUCAUCCAGAGCUCGGACCUUCCUGACGACACCAAGAAAAAUCUCCUCUUCCACAACGCGUUAGACUUCCUCGGUCUUGAAGCGUCGCGGUUUGAGUAGCCUGUAGUGCAAUAACCUUGAACAUUUCAAAUCUGGGAAGCUUCCAGUGAUAUAGUUACCAACAGACGUAAUUCUGUUACACAUGCCAGAUGCUAUUUGCUGUGUGUGUGUGUGUGUGUGUGUGUGUGCACCUGUGAGAUUUUCUUUACGCUUUUAUGCUUCGGUAAAGAUUUACUGUUAUCUUACAUCCUACACUACGUACAGAUGUGGAGCGUGUGGAGGCUAGCACGAGCUUAAGUGUAAUUUACCAAAUAAAAGUUUUACUUUUCCGUU